CUCACCACCGGAAUCAUAUCCUCAGAAUUGUAUGUGCUCUUAUACCUCUUCUGAAGAUGUUGGGCGACCCUAUCUUGAGUAUCAUGGAAUCGGGAGCUCUGCGUCCCAGCUUGGAGAAUUCUGAUCGCAUGGGCAUAGAGGGGAAAGACGGGAGGAAGGAUACGAUGCGGAAAGGAUUUCUCACGAAAGCAUUUGCGGCUUCGUCAAUUAUUUCUAAUGUUGACAGUAGCGAGUUGACCGACGACCAGAUACUCGACUCGCCUUGCAUUUCCAUCAAGCAGGUGGACGCGCCGCAGAGCAAACGGCGUGGCACGUUCAUCAACCAUACCCCACGAAGCCACGUCGAACUACCCAGUCCGCACCAGGUUACUGACCAGCAGCAGCUCGGUUCUAUAUCUUUGAAUCCAGAGAGCAAGUACAGCAAUAAGGUCGACUUCAAUUCUUGCGAUAACAACAUGGAGUUGGGUGUAGAUGGGUACCCAGCAGAGCUCGACAGCAAGGAAGUCGCGCUAACGCUUUGUGACACCACUCCAAAUAGGAAUGCCACAGCAACGUUUUGUGCACGUGAGCGUCAAGAUAAUCCGGGGCCCCUCGACAGGUGUGAUUUCAGAACAAUUAACUUGCGUCAAGCGUCUUCCUCGACGCGAUCCCCACCGCAGGCUACGACGGCUGGAGCAGCUCGUCAUUCGCCAUUGGAACCACUUGUGGCCCGUCACCGUCGUGAAAUCACUGGAAGUAACGUGCAGGUCCUACCUCCUCACGUCGACAUCGACGAGAUUAACGGCACAGCUACCUUCAUGGCGGUCCAGGACUACUAUCCUGACUAUGAUCAAGACCAGGGUCCGCACUCAGCUCCGUCUGGUGCCAUUACCAAUCUCAAGCAUCAGAAUCUCGGAGACAAGCCUGAUGGAGCUGUCGGCUCUCCACCGUUACACACUUCUCCCUCCGCAGGCAGUGGUACAGAAUGUCUGAAUUCAUCAACGCCGACUUUGCCAGAUCGAAAUCCAGAUCGUCUCGCCGUACAACCCAGGCGUGUUGUUCGAGCCAAAAAACUCAAUCUAGAUGAUGAUAUGGACUUUGCUUCUGCUUGCGAAGGCGAGUAUUCACCUUAUCACUGUGAAGCCUACGGUCCGAUAACGCCGUCUCGCAUGCGUCAAGAGGUAGCAAAGGCUGGCAGUGGCUCAUCGUCUUUUCAGACCAAGUAUUCCAUCGACAUAUCGAACCCAAGGCAUGAGUUGCUAUCGAAUGAGGGUCAGCUGAAAGAUCUGACUUACUUUCUUCGACACACUGGACCCCCGGCCACACCAGACAAGCCGCCCAAGAGGAAGGGUUUUGGCAUUGGAGUUCUGGUAAAGAAGGAAGGCAAUAAUCGGAAACGAAAUGCCGACAUUCAGAAGGGAGGUGUUCCGCCAGUCCCAACACUGCCACCAAUGCUCUCCCAAUGCGCGCGAGAAGAGACGACCAGGAAUGGCACAAGAUACGUUAAGAUUCUUGUCCCGGAAGAUCACGAUACGCCAGAUCGAGAUACUCAACCAGCAACAGACGAAAAAGAAAGGUCAAAGCGCUUCUCCCAGAAUUUCGCCUGGAGCCAGGAGAUUUUCAAUCCGCUGGGUAGCUCACCAGUGGAGAAUGCGAUUGCCGGGCGCAUGUCCAGAUCUUCGUCCGCUCCCUCCCUCUGUGGCUCCCAAAAUACAGUGAUUCACCAUCCACGGAGUCCUAAGCCUGUGCCUCGUCUGCCAACACGCGUUCCGGUAGAAAACCACCCUCUUGCUGCUAGCAUGGAGGAGAGGAAGGAGACAACGCGGGCGAGGAAGCUACGUGAUCUUCACAGAAAUAAAUCCACGGCAAAGAGAUCAGAGAGUCGGUUAGAACCUGAAGACUAUGAUGAAACAACCACGGGGCGUCAGGCCCGGGGAGUACUGGUGGAUUCAAAGGAAUGGGUGCGUCUUCAGCGUUUGAACAAGGAGUUGGCGCGCGAACUGGCGACCGCAGCCGGGUUGGAAGGGGAUGCAGAAGAUCUCGCACCCGAGUAUGUGCUUGAGAUGUAUCGGAUGGUCAACAGGUCUAGCUAUUGA